CUCGGAAUCGCUCCAUUUCUCUCAUAAGUUCACAUCUUUCUCCUUCUGUUUUUUUACCGGAUAUCCGACCGGUUUAUUUCCAUCCCUUGUCGUCCUUGAUUUAGAACUAUCGCCGUGAAAUCAAAGCGACCGAGCCUUCAUCAUGACUGUUACCACGCUACCGUACAUGAAAACGAACCCCAAGCUCAUAUUCUUCACCGAUUUUGAUGGAACGAUCACCCUCGAAGACAGCAAUGAUGCUAUGAUCGAUAACCUUGGCUACGGGCGCGCAAAGCGCCGUCAAGGCAAUGAGGCCGUCCUUGAGGGCACCAUGAGCUUCCGUGACGCUUUUCGCGACAUGCUGGACAGCAUCAAAACCCCCUACAACGAGUGCAUCGAGUACCUCAAAAAGAACAUGAAGCUGGAUCCUUACUUCGUGGAAUUCUACAAAUGGUCCAAGGAGAACAACGUACCGAUCGUGGUGUUGUCUUCCGGCAUGAUUCCAGUCAUCAGCGCCCUCUUCGAGACGCUUUUGGGCGGCGAACCGGACGAUCACCUCUACAUCGUUGCCAACCAGGUCGAGAGCCGUGAUGGCAAGAACAUCAACUCUGAGGGGGGCUGGCAGAUCAAGUACCAUGACGAUAGCCACUUCGGCCACGACAAGUCCCUGGAAAUCAAGCCUUAUGCCGCACUGCCGGACGGUGUGCGCCCGACCUUGUUGUACGCCGGAGAUGGCGUGUCCGAUUUGUCAGCCGCUGCAGAGACUGAUCUUCUGUUUGCCAAGAAGGGCAAGGAUUUGGUGACAUUCUGCGAGCGCGAGAAGAUUCCGUUCACGCUAUUUGAGAGCUGGGAGUCGAUUCUCGCUACCACCAAGGACAUCCUGGGUGGAAAGGUUUCAGUUAAGGAGGUUGCUCAAGAUGGACUGACUGCGGUCCACGAGGGAGCCAACAAGAACUGAUGCGGUGCAGCUAGGAUAAGAUAUCAUCUCUUCAUGCUGUUAGAUAUAGAUCGCUUGAGUAUAUACGCACCAGGGACAUAGUACUAGUUUAGAUAUCAUGAUGAUUAGAUGGAUUCGUUAAUAGAAG